AUGAAGUUAUUACUACUAGUCCUAUUCUUCAUACGGCUUAGCUCUGCAAUAGCAGAAUCUCAAAAAGGUUCAUUCCAUAGAAUAAUCAUAUAUUCAUGUGAAACUGCUCUUUAUAAUUAUAAAUUUGAUUGUCAAGGUUAUCAAUGUCGUUGUACUUAUACCCCAUUCCUUGGAUCAAUAGCAUCUUGUAUUGAUCAUUAUUCACCAGAUCCAAGGACUAGAUCUUUGGCUGUACAGGAACUUGUUGAAUUUUGUGGUUCAAAUCAUGGUCAGAGGUUAAGUGUUGAUAUUGUGGAGGGUUUGAUAAGAAAUUCUUCAAAAUGGUUACAGGAUCCUUUGAGUGAAGGUUUUAAUAAGGAUGAAGUUAAAUAUGUCCCCGUAUUACCUUUGAAAAAUCAAUUAGAUUUAAGUUUAAGGGAUUAUAAAGCAUUCUUAGGGAAUUUUGAUUUUGCACAAGAUUAUGGUAUUUAUUUAAAUUAUUAUUGGCUUUUGGUAUUAUUAUACAUUGGGAUAUGGAAUAGAUUUAAAUCCAAGAGAUUUAUAAAUAAAUUAAUUGGAGAACCUAUAGAUUCUAUAAGAUCAAAUUUAACAUUACCAAUAAUUUUCAAUAGACAUUUCCAACCUUUCACAUAUUUAUUCAAUUUAACUUCAUUAUUACCAUCAAGUUCAGAUGCUUUAAUACUCCUGGGUUAUUUAAUAUUACAUACAGUUUAUUUAUUCAAGAAUUUUGAUAUUUAUAAUGAAAACAAGAUAUUUAAUGGGAAUUUAAUUGGUCAAUUUAUAAGAUAUAUAAGUGAUAGAUCUGGUGUUCUUUCAUUUGCUCAUUUACCAAUAAUUAUAUUAUUUGCAGGGAGAAAUAAUCUUUUGAUUAAAAUUUCAAAAUUAUCAUAUAGUUCUUUCAUGAUUUUUCAUAAAUGGACUGCAAGGAUUAUGUUUAUUGAUGCAUUUAUUCAUACUUGUGGUUAUUAUGAAAUUAUAAUAUCAAGAGGUACAUUGUUUAAAUCAUUAAGGAAAGAAUAUAUUCAAUGGGGUACAGUUGCAAUAUUUAUUGGUCUUGUUAUACUUGUUCAAGCUAUUCAUAAUUUUAGAAUUGCACAUUAUGAAUUAUUCUUAAUAUUACAUAUCAUAUUCGCUGCGGGUUUUUUAAUAACUUGUUGGAAACAUGUUGAAACAUUUGGAUGGAAAGAAUGGAUAUAUGGCGCCUGUGCAUUUUGGGCCCUGGAUAGAAUAAUUCGUAUUAUAAAUUUAUGUAAAUUUGGAACUCCAUGGGCAAAUUUAAAAUUUAUUUCAGAUGAAACCUUUAUUGUUAAAGUGUCAAGACCAACAAAUUGGAAACCAUUUCCUGGAUGUUUUGUUUAUAUACAUUUUUUACAUUGGUCAAUGUUUUGGCAAUCCCAUCCUUUUACUAUAGUGGAUUCUGUGCUUAAAGAUGAAGAAAUUACAAUUUAUAUCAAAGCUAAGGAUGGUUUAACCCAGAAAGUCCUGAACAUGAUUGGUCAUGAUAAUUUUCAAAUGAGAGUUGCUUUGGAAGGGCCAUAUGGGAAUCAAUCAUCAUUAGAACAAUAUCAAACCGCCUUAUUGAUUGCAGGAGGGAAUGGUAUCCCAGGACCUUUUUAUCAUGCAUUAGAAUUAUCAACAAAACCAUUAUUAUUAAAACAAAGAGUAAAAUUAAUUUGGGUUAUAAGGAAUAUUGAAUCUCUUGAGUGGUUUGAAGAAGAAUUAAUGAAAUUAUGUGAAUUUAAUAUUGAAAUUGAUAUUUAUAUAACAAGGAAUUUUAAUUAUCAAAUGAGUGAUACUUUACCAAUGAUUAAGAAAUUCUCAACAUUUAUAAAAUUUUACGCUGGUCGUGCAAAUUUUAACAAGAUUUUAAAUGAUGAAUUUAUAAAUUCUCAAGGUUCAAUUGGUAUUGUUACUUGUGGUCCACCAAUAAUGUGUGAUGAUAUAAGAUCAUUUACAGCUAGGAAUUUAAGAUUAUCACCAUAUAGAAUUGAUUUAUUUGAAGAAUUACAAGUGUGGUAA